AUGAACAAUACAAUACGGAUGAAUCUAAAAUUUGCAUGGCGUGGCAUUGCCAGCUACGAAGGAAUGUUUAAUAAGGUGAAACCAUAUCGCAAAGAAACGUACACUGUAGAUCAGUGUCGGUGUAAUUGUGGUGGUUCCAGUAAUUGUGAUAGUAAAAGACAUCAGUCAUCAUAUGCAUCUACAGUAUCAUUCGAUACAUUCGCGACAACAAUAAAUAUAACAGCUAAUCUAUCGACGAAUAUUGCGAAACAAUGGAAAUGUUUGAAGAAUAUUAAUAUUACCAGAGUUGCUCACACACCCACCCUCAAGAUGAAAAACCAAAGUUUGACUGAUGCUGGAAUGAGAUUGGGAUGA